CAUGAAAUAUUUAUCCCAUCGUCUCCAGGACUCUAGCUAUCAUCAUUUCGGCAAUCGGAAAUUUGUCCGUGUAAAAUCUAAUUCAUUUCCUCCAGUUUUAGGCGUUUUACGCAACUCAGGCGUACUAUGGUGGAAGAAAAGAAAAAAAGAGGCCGGAAACCUAAAAUUCUGGCAGCUUCCUCUGCCGGUAUUGGAGACUCUCUAGUUGCGGUAAAUGAGGAAGCAUUGUCGGUAAAGAUCACCGAGACCACCAACGGUGAUUCAUCUACGCAACGCCGUGGACGCGGUCGCCCAAGAAAAAUAAGUAAACCGAAUGAAGACCUCGACAGAGGAAUCGCCGCUUCUCCGGAGACACGUGUCCAUUCUGCAGCGGGGCAAAACGGAGAAGUCUCGUUAUUAAACGGGGACUUGCGACGUCCUUCGGAGCUGGUGGCGGCUGCUGCAGCGAAGGCGGCUCCCUGGAUGGACGCCGUCGUGAAAGUUUUCUGUUUCCACACGGAGCCGAAUUUUUCUUUGCCUUGGCAAAGAAAGAGGCAGUUCAGUUCGAGCAGCACUGGUUUCAUUGUCGGAGGAAGGAGAGUUCUGACGAAUGCGCACUCAGUGGAGCAUCACACUCAGGUUAAGCUCAAGAAACGCGGGUCUGAUAGCAAGUACUUGGCCAAUGUGCUAGCUAUUGGGACCGAGUGCGAUAUAGCAUUGUUAGCUGUGAAUGAUGAUGAGUUCUGGGAUGGAGUAUCCCCAGUAGAGUUUGGAGAGCUACCUGCACUGCAAGAUGCUGUAACCGUGGUUGGCUAUCCAAUAGGAGGAGACACUAUAUCUGUGACAAGUGGUGUUGUCUCUCGCAUUGAGAUACUCUCUUAUGUUCAUGGAUCCACUGAACUUCUUGGGCUUCAGAUUGAUGCUGCAAUAAACUCUGGAAAUUCCGGUGGACCUGCUUUUAACAAUAAUGGGGAGUGUGUGGGCAUUGCUUUUCAAUCGCUUAAACACGAAGAUGUGGAGAACAUUGGUUAUGUCAUACCAACACCAGUCAUUAUGCAUUUUCUUCAAGAUUAUGAGAAAAAUGGAGCUUACACAGGGUUUCCAGUCUUAGGUAUUGAGUGGCAGAGAAUGGAGAACCCUGACUUAAGGAUGUUAGUUGGUAUGUCACCUAAUCAGAAGGGUGUCCGUAUUCGAAGAGUGGAGCCUACAGCUUCAGGCUCUAAUGUGUUAAAUCCGUCUGAUGUUCUCCUUAGCUUCGACGGGGUUGAUAUUGCCAAUGAUGGAACAGUUCCUUUCAGGCAUGGAGAGCGCAUUGGAUUUAGUUAUCUAAUAUCACAAAAAUAUAAGGGAGAUUCUGCUGAAGUCAAAGUUCUCCGAAACUCUAAUACACUCGUGUUUAACAUUGAACUGGACACACAUAAAAAACUAAUCCCAGCACACAUUAAUGGAAGACCUCCAUCUUAUUACAUUGUUGGCGGAUUUGUUUUUUGUGCUGUUUCAGCUCCAUAUCUACACUCAGAGUAUGGAAAAGAUUAUGAGUUUGAUGCUCCCAUUAAACUGCUGGACAAACUUGCGAAUGCAAUGGCAGACUCAGUUGAUGAGCAAGUUGUCGUUGUCUCUCAGGUGCUUGUUGCUGACAUCAAUAUUGGAUACGAAGACAUCGUAAAUACUCAGGUCAUUGCAUUUAAUGGCAAGCGAGUGAAGAAUCUGAAGAGCUUAGCUAACAUGGUGGAGACUUGCGAAGAGGAGUACUUGACAUUUGAUUUAGAUUAUGAUCAGGUUGUAGUGCUGAAGACAAACACUGCAAAAGUAGCCA